AAGCAUCGGACAACAACUAAAGGACAACUUGUGCGAUGUCUCAAUUAAAUUGUAACUAACACUAUAAGAACAUUUUACUGGCGAACAUGUGGGUUGCCAGGCGAGUUUUAUCGUCUGUUGCACAUAGUCGUCAGCAUGCUGGUCACCCAGGCUUGUUCCGCCGUCCUCGGCCGGGCUCCCUUCCCGAGAUGGAGUUACGCUACCUCCAGUGCACAUGCUGCUGGAGGAGCAGAAUCCCAGUCGCUGGAAUCGAGAGCCUGAACGCCAGCAUCUCUACGCCAUGCGAAGAGGACGACAACAACGAGGAACGCGACGCUCCUCUAGAUGCGUGCUACACCUCAGAUCAGCGCGACGCCAUCCUGAGGCUGCUCAACAACGCCUCGGUUGCCGAGCUAGCGGGCGUCAAGCUCCUCCGAGGGCGGAAAUCUGUCAACAUCGUGGACUACCGGAGCAAACACGGACCCUUUAAGACACUGGAGAGCGUGGUAAACGUGCCGCUGCUCAAGCACAAGAGCGCCGUCGUGGUGUUCGCGUCCAUCCUCAACCCGAUGAAGAAGGAGAAGAAGGUGCGCAUCCAGUUGGCCAAGUUCAUCAGGCCUGAGGUGGACAGGUCCUGGCUGGAGGACGCCAAUUCCAUCGUUUCACUAGUGUGCGCCACUAACCGGAUAGCGUGGGCACACAUGGGCCGAGGAAUGACCGUCAUGGACUGGCAGCACUUGGACUGUCCAAACUUCCUGAAGGGCACCUACAUGGCAUCCGCCUACUUAAACGAUGUGUCAGCAGUGGUGUCCCUCCUCCCUUCGGCGGACUUCUACAUCAUCGAGAAGCCGUCCAUCUCGGUGCAGAACACGGCUCUGUUCCCGGUCAUGGCGCACAUGAGGACGGUGGAGGCCAUGUUGUUCGCACUACUGGAGCCCAGAAAUUUCCCACAGGACACAAACAUUCCUCCCAGAGUUCUGAACAUGAUGCGCACCGCCGUGGGACGCCAUUUCGGACUCAUGGUAGGCGAGUCGCGGACCAGCGGGGCGCAGAUGGUGCGGCGGCUAAUGACCGAGUCGGUGACUCAGAAGAUGCCGCGGAUAAACUUUCCGCCCGAGCUGCUGGUCAAGUACAGGAACUGGUUUCAGAUGAGCAUCAAAAGAGGCGGGGGAGAGGAGCUCUGCGACGCUCUGCUGCAGGCCGUGGCUUUUUACGAACUCCUCACAGAAUCCUCUGCUUAGCCGUCGCUGAUCUGGCAAGACACAAAAACAUACGGCAGGCAACCUGAGGACUUCAGAACUUUUUUUUUUUUUUUUCCCCCCUCCUCAACCUAAAAGAUACACACCAUUUAAAACGGGAUGUGGAAAACGUUACCAUGUAUAGCCACACCAGGCGACAUUUUUUCUGUUUUUAUCCUCAGAACAUAUGCGCAAAACACAAUGCAGAAAAUGUUAAUUAUAUACUAUGUGCUUUUGGUGGUUAAUUGUUUUUGGGCUUUUCAGAACAAAGUUUGUCUAAGAUUUUAUUUAUUUUUCGGAUAAAGUGCUGUUGCGGGCUGCAUAUAGUAUAUUGGGUUAUAGGUUGCCCACCUUUGAUUUAAAGGUGACAUGAAAAGUGACUUAUUAAUUCCUUCUACUGUAUAACAGUUGGAUCUGUGUAGUGGCUGCCUACCCAUCAAGUGUGAAAGUGCACAUUGAAGUACUCAUUCAGUUUAUCUGCCUAUAUCUGAAAUUUCUGAUUUGUUGGUGUAUUGGUGCCUGAGUUCUGUGGGUGAGGGAAGCCAAAGGAGGAUGUAUAUGGUUAAAUCAAAUUAAACACGCACACUUCAAUUGUAGCCUGGACUUAAGGGGUCUUCAGUCUCCUGUCUCUCAUUGCUUCACUAGAGGGGGUUGGAUAAAUUGCCUAAUUUGGGUACUGCGCAGAGUCGCUAAGUUGGCAACACAGAGUAGCCCUCGUUUGGUCCCAUGCCUUCUCUACCACUGGUAGUCACAAUGAAAGCGAUACUUGGUACACUGCAUGACACAGAACCGACCCCCCAAAACGAGGUGACUUGAAACACUGUGUGAAAAGUGUCUACUUUAUUUUGACCUCAUGUCAGGAACCUUUUAUUAUUGUCUUCUUUGUCCAUUGUGCAAGAAUGGAAACUGACAUCAGUGCUUGAACAUCUUUAUUUAGGUUCCAUGGUUGCUCAUGAUUUCAUUGACUGUUUUGAAAAUAAUCUUUACAGUAAAGUUUAGAUUAAAUAGGCUGAGUGGAAAAUAAAUCAUGAGGUAGUUUUGUUUCGGCUGCCUGACUGGUUGCUGGAGAAAUCUUGGGCCAAGAGUUGGAGCGUUGACUUGGAGAGGCCCAGGUGUAAGCUUCGGAGGUAGUGUACACACCUACGUGAGGGGGAGAAAUUGACAUUCAUUUAGAAAAUUAUUAGCAAAAGCACAAAACAAAAAACAAUUCUUCAUAUAGUGGGUAGGUACGAUUACUUAACUAAAAAGAGUUAAGUAUGAGGAAUUUGUAUGAGGGGUCUAUUAAUUUUCACACAAAUAUACUGUAUAUUACAAUACAAUGUAUGUAUAAAUAAUUACAGUAUUCUGCUGUAGUAUUUACUGCAAUAAA